AUGACUACAACUCCAACACCUGCGCCGCCGGGAAGGUUUGCGGACACUACACUCAGGUUGUGUGGCGAAACUCGGUUCGGGUCGGGUGUGCUAGGGUUCACUGUGCUAAUGGUUGGUCGUACGUUAUUUGCAGCUACGAUCCCCGAGGCAAUUAUGUUGGCCAGAAGCCAUACUAGAGCUCUUAAAGUUUUAAGUUCUCUGCACGGUAAAAUAUGUGGUGCUAUUAUUAAAAAGAAAAAUAAAAAAGAAUUAUGCCUUGAUCAGAUUGUUCAUCUCGGAAUAAAAAUUAACCAGAUGAUAUAUCUGGGGAAAACAAUUAGUGACAAGGCUGAAUAA